AUGGUUGUCAAAAACGAAGAGCAGGAUAUAAGCCAUUCCAAAAAUGAUCCUCCAGCUAGUCAGGAAAAUACUCUUUUGGUAGACAAAACCCUUCUUAUUAAAGCCAUUUUAGCAGCUCCGGCCGAAGCUUUAUUGAUUACUAGGUCGAGGCUGGAUCAACAAGGUCAAGCAGUACCUUCAGAACAUAAUAACAACUGGGUAUUAUUUGUGGGUGGGCAGAUUGAGAUUGGUUUUGAUGAAAAUAAGAAAAUUAGCAGCUUUAAAAAUAGUUCAGUAUGCUCCAGUAAUGCUGAGACAGGGUCAGUAUCCAGUGAUCUUUAUUAG